AUGGUAUAGUAUAGUACCCCCUACAUUUGCUAGCUAGCUUACAUUUUUUCUCUACUAAUGAAAAUUGAUUUUAUGCUACACUUGAGUUUGUAGUUCCUACAAAUAUGAGCACUUACUCUCUUAGAGCCCACAAAUCUUUCCUAGUUGUUAUUUUCUUCACGGUAUUUUCUAUUGGUUGGUGCCUUAGAGUGAUCCCAAAUCAUGAUAAGGUAAUGCACUUACAAGAAGAGAGAACAACAAUUAUAGACAAAAAGGAAGGAGCAAGAGAAGGUAGCAAUGUAAUGGAACUCUAUCCAACCGGUUCCACCAUACCAGAUUGUUCCCAUGCAUGUGGACCAUGUUCACCCUGCAAGAGAGUCAUGGUAGGUUACAACAAAUGUUCUAUGGCAGAGUCUUGUCCUAUGGUUUACAGAUGUAUUUGUAAAGGAAAAUACUACCAUGUUCCCUCGAAUUGAUCGAUCGAUGAUCAUAGUUAUUAAUUUUUGUUAGAAGUUUAGGAGCAUUGUUGUUAUUCUGAAGGUGAUGAUGAAGUUUGGGUAUUUUUACCAUUUGGAGCUACUUAGAUUUGUUAGGCAUUGUUGUUUAAACAAAGGGAAACUUUUUUAUCA